AUGGAACAUGAAUUUCGUGAAAAUCGAAAGAUUUUGGCGAGUGUAAAGCGAAAUUCUGGAGAUCGCGUGAGUUCUAUUGAACGAUACUGGCACUGCUCUCGAGUUGCUGUCGACAACGAUCUGGAUGAUGCUAUGUUCAAAUUGCGAUGUUCACCAGAAGGUGUAAUAUGGGUUGCUAACAUUCUUGCCGCCCUAUUGGUAAACUCCCACGCGAGUGUAGUCGAAUUCAUCGGGGAUCAUGGAGUUCUAUUCGAUCAUGCAGUCAGCUUUCUAAGUCUUGUCGGUCGCCGUGCACCAUAUCAUGUUGAUAAGCUAUCAUUUGGUCUUUCAACGCAAAAUGUGUCAUAUAUUUAUUAUUGUAAAUUUUGGACCAACCUGUUACAACCAAGAACGGUGUUAAUCUAUUCUCUAGCAGGUGGAGUUAGUAUGCAACUAAGCGACUAUUAUUGGUUGUUAACUCUACAAGUGGAUCGGGUCACUAUAGUCAACUGUAUGAACUUGAGCUCAUUUGUGCUGUCUGAAGUGAUCAGGGAAUGGUAUUCUGGUAAGCUGAAACAUUUACCAAGUAUAGAUAUCACGUUUGCUAAAGAUGGAAAGUUUCGAAUACCAUUUUAUACGGAAGAUUUGUUGAAGAGAGUGAAAUACAAAGUC